AGCACCCAGAUGAAAACUGACGGGUUUUUGGUGAAACCAGGCUAUGAAUAAAAUCAUACAGAUAUUCUUGUUAACGACUUUCUGCUUUAAAUUCCAGUGACCUCUGGAUUAUUGGUGGUGGGGGAUUUUAAACCUCUCGUGCUAACAAUUGUUAUAUUUUUAUAUGUUGGCAUGAAGCAGCAGGGAGUAUGCUGCUUAUUCUACAUUUAUGUUUGCUGCUCAAUAGGAGAGGCCUUCUCUGAGCUCCAGCUGAAGAUGAUUGACACACAGCAGAAGGUGAAGCUGGCCGACCUCCAGAUCGAUCAGCUGACUCGAGUUCAGAAACACGCCAAGCUCACGCACACAGAGAUCUCCUCGCUGCCGGACAACACGCGCCUGUACGAGGGCGUCGGCCGAAUGUUCAUUCUUCAGUCCAGGGAGGAGGUCAACAACCUGCUGACAGACAAACAGAAAACAGUGGACGAGAAGAUCAAGGAGCUCGAGCAGAAGAAGGUGUACUUGGAGCGCAGCGUGAAGGAGGCUGAAGACAACAUCAGAGAGAUGCUGCUGUCCAGGAGAGCUCAGUAAUCAGUUAAUUGUGUCAUGUGAUCCCAAUAAAGCUCCUCCCACCCCA